CUUGUAUAUAAGGCUUUGGUUCCCCGCCAACCUCUGCUGCUUCACCCCAGUCUACCAAACUUCUCACCUACCAUCCACAACAACACGCUUCCGCAACCCCCAAACACAUCUCCACCUCAAACUUCAACUUCAACACCAACCCAAUCUCAAAAUGACCGGACGUGGAAAGGGAGGAAAGGGUCUCGGAAAGGGAGGAGCCAAGCGUCAUCGCAAGAUUCUCCGUGACAACAUCCAGGGUAUCACCAAGCCCGCUAUCCGCCGUCUCGCCCGUCGUGGUGGUGUCAAGCGUAUCUCUGCCAUGAUCUACGAGGAGACCCGCGGUGUCCUCAAGACCUUCCUCGAGGGCGUCAUCCGUGACGCCGUCACCUACACCGAGCACGCCAAGCGCAAGACCGUCACCUCCCUCGAUGUCGUCUACGCUCUUAAGCGCCAGGGCCGCACCCUUUACGGUUUCGGUGGUUAAACGCUUUCCGGUCCGGUUUCCCGUGCAUCGUCUUUUUUCUUCCAGCAAACAGGUGUUCAUAUGAGAUAAUGGCUUUUUUUUACUGUCUCUGGUCUGGGUUCUUGGAAUUAGGGUGUCUUUCUUGAUUGUUCGAACUUUUUUUUUUCUUCUUGCUGUAUUAUAUACACUUAGCGAUGGGUGCGGACGUGAUUUUCCCACCCACUUGAAAGAGUGACAGAGUCAUUACGCGGAAUCAUACGGUGUUGUCUAAAACAAAUCGAGGCGAAUCGUGACACUGUUUACGUUUCGAAAUUGUG